AUGGCUACCGACGCCUAUCAACAGGCCGACGAUCUUGACGGUCUUUUCGGUGACGACGAAGACACGACAGACCAAGCACCAACAAUACCUUUCGAUCAGAACUUGGGCGUACCGGCCGAUGCCAACGAUGAACUGAGUGCGCUUUUGAAUGAAGCUGCGGGAGGCGAGGGCCUGAAUUGGGACGAGCUGAAUUCAAGAGAACUGGAGCAAGGAGAGAAAGCAGACGAUGCAAUUGAUUACGAGGAUAUCGACGACGACGACUUGCCAGAUGAAGAGCCGACCCAAGAUGUCUCCGCAGACAUCACUACAGACAUGCUGCCUGGCAUUGAGGAUAGCGCUCUUGAUGACCUUGAUGAUGAUGAUCUGUUCGGACCGAGUAGCCCUGUCCUGGAAGUCCACGAGGUCCAUCCUCCGCCAUCCCCUUCCAAAUCCUCCGAGAAGCCGGCUCCGGAAGCUGAUCAAGAUCUGGAUCUUGCCUCAGAACACGAGGAUGAUGAUACCCAAGACAUUUCAAUGCUGCAGCCUGAGCUUGAUGAAAUCGAGGAUGCUCAAUACCGUUUGCAGUUGGCUUUGUUUGCACAGUCCGGCAAAGACAUCCCGACCACCGAGCAGGAGAAUAUCGAGGAAUGGCUAAAGCUAGAAUUUCCUGGGUUUAAACGUGAUGAGGCGCCUUACUUCAACAAGUUGUUUCCACCGAGGCCUCAGAAAUGGCAGGCAAAGACACCGGCAAAACCACCCAAACCUGUGCGUCCGGCGAAGGUCAACUUGGAAAUCGAGCAAGACCAGAAGACUGCUUUCAACUCGGCACUACCAUUGACAGAAGCUGAGCUCGCUUCUGAUCUGGUCACUACUCAAGAGCCAACCGCUGUCAAUGAAGUCGAAGACUCUACAGAUGAAUCGGACCUGGAUGAGCCUCUCCCUGGAGGGCUUACAAUGGACGACCUGGAUUUCAUGUGUACAGAGUUCGACACACUGUCUCAUCGUGCAGCGUCGGACGACGAAACACACGAGAUAAGGCCUCGUGUCGUCACAAGUGACGAUGAGAUGUUUGGUUUCGACGAUUUUAACGAUUUUGACCAGCCGCGCAAGAAGCGUCGAUUGGGUCUUGAUCCUCACGACAUUGUGAAAGUGCAUCAAAUCGAUGUUGCCUCUUUUGACGAUCCGGAAAGUCUGACAGCCAAGCUUGCUGCAAAAGUCGUUCUUGACCUAAACGAUUCUCAUUUGCUACUUGAAGAAGUCGACACCGAAGCACUGAAGGCCAAGGCUCGACCUGGUGAAAAGGUAACCACUGUGAAGACGUUGAAGGACCGUCUGGCGCAGCGAUUCAAAACGUCAAACGAUGCCGAAUAUGAUCUUCUCAAGCAGAACCACCAACACAAAGUGCGAGGCCAACUCACAAAUCUCAGCAUUGAGCACUCCAUUCCCGCUGUCAGACUACAAUACCCGUACUACCAAGUCCGCCUUUCCCUGCAAGAGCUCCGAAAUUUCCAUCGAAAGAAGAUGCAUUUCAAGUACCCCAUUACGUUCUCUCAGACGGGCAGGAUCAAAAGGAAACAUCAGAAAGGGCGUUCCAUCAAGGAAAUAUAUGCCGCAUCUAAAGAUAUCUCCCUGGCGGACAACUCCUCUACCCUGCUCCUGGAGUACUCGGAAGAGCAUCCUAUCAUGCUGUCAGAGACCGGCAUGGGAAACAAAGUUGUGAACUACUAUCGAAGACGGACCAAGGACGACACGUCCAGGCCGAAACACGAUAUUGGUGAGACUUCUGUGUUGCUGCCGGAAGAUAAAUCGCCGUUUCAUAUCUUCGGGCAAAUCGAUCCUGGAGAGACCAUCACGGCGCUAUAUAAUCACAUGUACAGAGCUCCAAUUUUCCCUCAGGAAUCUGCGUCGCAGGAUUUUCUUGUGAUCCGGCAGACCACUGGCACUGGCGGCCAGAACCACUUUAUCAGGACACUGGACAAUGUAUACGUUGUGGGACAGGAGCUGCCAUCAACCACUGUUCCGGGCACACAUUCUCGUAUGGUGACCACUGCUGCCAAGAAUCGACUUAAAGCCAUAUCAUUCCGAAUUGCACGUCGCAAGAAGACCCAUCGAAUCCGUGUGGAAGAAGUCACGAAGCAUUUCCCCGACACUACGGAUAUGCAAAAUCGGCAGAAGAUGAAAGAAUUCAUGGUUUUUAACAAGGAACACAAAGAAUGGGAGAUGAGGGCUGGCGAAGCAGUUCCAGAUGAAGAAGCGGUCCAAAAUCUCAUACGUCCAGAAGACAUAUGUCUGCUAGAAGCCAUGCAGGUCGGAGCCCAAUAUCUUCAAGAUGCUGGUUAUGCGGACAAUGAUGACGAAGACGACACCAAGGAGGGCAAUGACAAUGACAGUAUUGAACAGCAGCUCGCUCCCUGGCGUACCACUAAAAAUUUCAUCCAAGCUACACAAGGCAAGGCUAUGCUCAAACUGUAUGGCGAGGGGGACCCCUCCGGCCGAGGUGAAGCAUUCUCGUUCAUCAAAACAAGCAUGAAGGGUGGUUUUAGACCUAUCGGUGGUUCCGCCCAAGAUGCCAUCGCAUUGAAGAAAGAGCUAGGCGGUCACAGUUACAAUGUCGCACGUCAACAGAAGUCUUACGAAGAGUCCAUCCGCAGUAUCUGGGACAAACAAAAAGCGAGCCUGGGUUCGAAGAUAGAACCCUCUGAUCUUGACAUGGACGGCGACGUUGACGGCCAGGAAGACAAGUAUGAUCCUCGGUCUAGCGUUAGGGCAACACCAAUGUCUGGCACCCAUACACCGGCCCCACGACGUAGAGAUGACGAAACAACGACUUCGUUCAGCAGACGAAGUGUAACCAGUCAAACGCAGAGAGUCUUGAAGAUCGUUCGAACCGUGGUGGAUAAGGACGGAGAAAGCAACGAACAAGAAUACUAUGAGACUGACCCAGCUGUUAUCAAGCAGUAUAUGAAGAUCAAGGAAGCGGAGGAAGCUCAAUCAAUCAGGUUUGGGAGUGGGUUUUCUUUGUGCAUGUUCAUGGCUUACUUGGAUUUUAGCUUGGGUGAACUUGCUCCAACGGGCGAUGCUGAGCUUGACGCCAGACAUCGCAGACGUCUCGAAGAGGAGCUCGCGAAGCUCGAGAAGAACGCCGCCCGCCGAAAACAACGGUACAAGAACAAAGCUGCUCUGGCCGGUGCAACUUCUCCAGGAGGCACGGCCAUGUCCCCCGAUGCCGAAGGCGGCGGUGGCGGUGGUGGCAAGAAUACCCAGCCAACCCAGCGCAAGUGUGCCAAUUGUGGUCAAGUCGGCCAUAUCAAGACCAACAAAAAGUCAGUAAAGUGCCGAAAUUGCAACCUCCCCAUUGAUCGCAAAAUUGGGUCUACCCUCAUGGAUGCCCCGAGUGUAUUCGAGACUUGA